AUGUACUAUUUGCAAUGUAAAAAUGAAAUUCUUGAUGUAACUUUUAAUGCAAAUGAAUUUAUACCACUGAGUCUAACCAAAUAUGAAGAGCUUGAAAUUUGUGAAAAUAAAGUUAUUAGUGUAUGUGAAGCUGCAAGAAUGCAAUCAAUGUCAACCGUAACUGGAGUAUACUGUAAUUGUAAAAGCGAGUGCAAAAAUAAUAAUUGUAAAUGUAAACGCUCUGUUGAACCAACACACAAAGGUUUAAUCAGGGCUCGUGAUGGUCACAUUUUAAGUCUCGAUUCUUCCGGACUUUUGCAAUUCAAAUGGGAUGUCAUGAAUGAUAGUCCUACAAUGUUUGAAAUUUCAAAAAAUGGAGAACUUCUUGAUUAUAAAGGAGAUCGUGUUUAUUGGAUUCAAAAAGGCGAUGGACCAAAGGAGAAAAAAGCAGUUGAACCAGAAAAUGGGGAAACUGGAAAAUAUCUUACGAUUAAGUUAGAGGAUUUGACAUUGAAGGAUCAAGCUUCAGCUUUAUCUGAAUUCAUUAUUACCAAGGAUAUUUAG